UAAAAAUACACAUGAGAAGUAUUCAAAGUCUUAAUUUUUUUUUCGUGAAAAGCCGCAGUCCACUCCAACCGGAAACGCGUCACUACCGGAAACACACAUUACGUAACUUACUGUAACAAAACGUGACACUCUUGCCAUAAUAAAUACAACGAUAUAGGAAAACUGCCAAACUGAAGUAGAAUACACUUCUCAAAAUUUAUAUUUUGGGUGAACGCAACACUUUUAUAAAUUCUAAUCUCGGUCAGUCACAUCAAAACAUAUUUCAGGAUUUCUGAAUAUUUUUAGCGAAACCAAUACGGGUAGCAUUUGCGUACUAAUAAAUAAAUAAUAAAAAUAAAAUAAAAUAAUAAUAAAUAAUAAAAUAAAUAAUAAAAUAAAAAUAUGGAGACGUGGAUUUCCCGGUUAAAAAAGGAGCGCUCGGCUGUGACGUCAGACGCUGUGACCCCUGCGCGAACUCGACGGCCAGGAAACAGACGGCGGUAACGAGAGGGCGAGACGAGAACAACGAAGAAGCUGCACAUGUUGUGGGAGUAAACCUCAAGUCUCCGCAUUUUGAAGGCAAAGGAAACAAUGUACAAGAUGGCUGGCUCUCGGAGCCACUUGAGGCGCAAGAAGAGGAAGCACAACCGCAGAAAGGCCGCUGCUUCUUCGAAAAGGAAACGUCCUGACACGGAGCUGCCCCAACAGAGCACUUCAGAGGUGGCUAACAGCAGCUGUGCGGCCGGUGAACAAGAACUGUCUGACAUCAGCUGUGAGUGCCGUCAUCUGGCAGACAGGAGGAGAUGCUCGGCCUCACCAGAGCAGGAGGGACCGGAGGGGAAAGAGAAUGAGCUGAGGGCGGAGCGAGACAGCUCCCGGCUGAACAGAGUCCUGGAUAAACAGGAGUCUGACGAAGAAACGGACAAACCCAUCUUUCCAGACGACGACAGCAACCAAAUUCUCCCUGUGGAGCAAUUUUUUGGAAACAUGGAGACUGUCCAGGACGUUCCACGAAGAAAUCCGGCCACUUCCGCAGACGCUCGCAAGGAAAACCGAAGGCGACAUUUCUACGCAUGCGAGGACGCAGACGACUAACAGGCCCGCCAGGAAGUGGAAAGGGUAGCGCACCUUGCACUGAACAACGCUCAGCGUUUUAUGAAACUGUCGCUGAGUGACUGUGCAGAAAGAUUGUGACACUGUUCGACUUGCAGCUCAUAACCGACGCAUCAUUGUGAAAAGUAGGUCGUCUCCAAAAGUAGUCCAGUUUGCUUUAAUUUUUAAAGCAGUUCAAAAGAAAACAUCCAAAGUCUUUCCAAUAUUAGUCUACUCAUUAUCUUCGACCGUCAUCUGAGGAAUGUAUUUGGUAAUUAUUUAUUGCUUUGCUGUAUUUAUGCUCACACAUUUGUACACUGUGGUCGCAAUAUAUUUAAAGAUAAUUCCAUCCUAUUUAACCUUCGAUUGCCAAACCUGAGAUUUGCCUUAAAGAUGGAUUGAUAAAGUUGAUAUUUUUCAGUUUUUGAAAACCUUUAUGACUUAAAAUGGAAAAAAAGUUAAUUAAACAGUAGUUUUUUUAUGUAAAUAAAUCCAAAGUUUAUGUUUAAAAAGUGGCCACAUUAAAAACCAAUGUGAAAACAAAUGGGAUGUUUUGAUCAGCCCAGUAUUUGUGAACCCCUCCUUAAAAAUCCAGCCUUGUAUUUGGCAGCUUAUGUAACGUGUAGCACUUAUGUACAAACACUACGUUUGUUCAUGAAGCUGGAAACAAGUCAAUGACAAACCUACACAUUGCCUGUCCAUCAAAUGGAAUGUUUUAUUCGUAGUUCAUGCCUUUUCAGUGCUGAACGCUCAUCAUGUUUUGUUCUUAACAUCUUGUGCCUCAUGACUAACAAUGCAUAUUCAUUAUCAAAAUGAAUUAAAAAAAUGUUUGACGAUUCUAAGUGUGUUUGAAGCGUUCACUUUCGCU